GAAGCCGCGAGCAACGCUGGCCUAGACGCUCAGUGCUCUCUCUGCCUGGCUGUGACUCCGGGCUCCGUGCUGGUCCAGUGCGGUCGGGUCGGCGUCUCCGCCUAGGGUUCCCGGGAACCUGGACCGUCCUCCCGCGGCCCUCUGAGGCUUUGCCGUCCUCUCUAGGCCGCGGGUCCGCAUCUCCAUCCCUGGUGCUUGGCGACUCCGGGCACUCUGAGCUCUGGCGCUGGACAGCUUGUCACCCGGGGUCCUCGGCUCAGGUCCCCGUUCCCGCGUCCCGAGUUGCGCUGGGGGGGGGGCGCGGUCCGACUCCUCCCCGCUUCGCCACGGAGUGUCUCCACAAUGGCUUCACUUUAGGUAGAGGGCUAGCAGCUUAGGCCGGGGGUCUGGAGAGGAUGGUGACCCCCUGGCGCUUGUCUGUCAGGGUCUACUUGUCACACUUAAGAUGCUUUGAGUUCAGAAAGGAACUUGGGCUUUCCAGACCCCUGGGAUGCUCUCGCAAUGCCAGACUAUGUUGGUUUCUGCUAGGUACUUUGCCCAAAUUCAUCUCGGCCCAUGGCAGUGUUGGAGAGGGGGCGCCUGGCAGCUUGUGCCAGAGAAAGACUCAUUGGAGUGAUCUGGCGGAAAAUGGACUAGUGGAGAAGGUGGCCCAAGAAGGGCCUCUGGCCCGCGUCUUACUGUGUUUCCGCCUAGGGCUCCGUGCUGGUGUGCUCUUGGCGAAAUUCUUUCCCCUCCUCUUCUUCUACCCUCUCACCUACCUGGCUCCUGGCCUCUCCACCCUCUGGCUCCAUCUGCUUUUCAAAGCUACAGAGACCUCAGGCCCAACAUAUAUCAAAUUGGGCCAGUGGGCCAGCACCCGGCGCGAUCUCUUUUCAGAGGCGUUCUGUGCCCAGUUCUCCAAGCUGCAUGUCCAGGUGACCCCCCACCCUUGGGCAAGGACGGAAUACUUACUCCAGCAGGCAUUUGGGGAGGAUUGGGGCAGCCUCCUCUUUUUUGAAACCCGGAAACCUGUGGGUUCAGGUUGUGUGGCCCAAGUGUACAAAGCGUUCGCUAGUAUUUCCUUGCUGGAGAAAGACAGAAUCUGGAGACUUGGGGAGCUCUCUGCCCCAGGAACCAGGGCUGUCGGGAUGCAGAGAGAGCCCUUUAUGAAAGACUGGAAGCCUUCAGAAAACCUUGCCGACGAAGCAUUUCUAGAAAAGCUGCUUUUCUCCAAAGCUGACCUUCGUAGGUCAGAAGUGGGUGUACCUCAGGCUCCUGGCCAUCUACCUAAGUCAGAUCACCUCAUCCCAGUGGCAGUGAAAGUGUUACACCCAGGCUUGCUCUCUCAGGUGUACAUGGAUCUACUGCUGAUGAAGAUUGGCAGCAAAGCCCUGGGGCUUUUACCAGGAGUCAAAUGGCUUAGCUUGCCUGAGAUCGUGGACGAAUUUGAGAAGCUCAUGGUCCAUCAGAUAGACCUGCGCUAUGAAGCUCAGAAUCUAGAACACUUUCAGCACAACUUUCAGGACAUGACAUCUGUGAAAUUCCCCACCCCGCUGCACCCCCUCAUCACUAGGGAUAUACUGGUGGAAACAUAUGAAGAGAGUGUUCCAGUGUCCAGCUACCAGCAGGCUGGGAUUCCCACCGAUCUGAAGAAGAAGAUUGCACAGCUAGGGAUCAACAUGCUUUUGAAGAUGAUAUUUGUGGAUAACUUUGUGCACGGAGACCUACACCCUGGAAACAUACUGGUCCAGGGUGCUGAUGGAGUGUCCCCAAGCCUGGAGAUGCAACAGCAGCAGGUGAAUGACACACUGAUGGCUACCAUAGCGCCUGCCCUGUGCCCACUGCGCCUGGUGCUGCUGGAUGCUGGCAUUGUGGCAAAAUUGCAGGCUUCUGACCUGAGGAAUUUCCGGGCAGUUUUCCAGGCUGUAGUGAUGGGGCAGGGCCACAGAGUGGCUGAGCUUAUGCUGCAUCAUGCUCAGGCCAACGAGUGCAAGGAUGUGGAAAGGUUCAAGGCUGAGAUGGCUACACUGGUGACUCAGGCCAGGAAGAACAUCGUCACACUGGAAAAGCUUCAUGUUUCCAGCCUCCUGUCCAGUGUCUUUAAGCUACUGAUGACCCAUAAGGUAAAGCUGGAGAGCAACUUUGCCUCCAUUGUGGUUGCCAUCAUGGUGCUGGAGGGGCUCGGCCGCUCACUGGACCCCACGCUGGACAUCCUAGAGGCAGCAAGGCCCUUCCUCCUCAAAGGGACAUCGUGCUUCCUGUGACAGUGGCAGUGUGCACACAGUGAAGGCAGAUCCCCAGGGUCUGUCCUUUGGCAGCUGAGACACCUAAAGUUGGGAUGUGUGGCAGAAUCACCACCAUUUUCCCAGUGACCUAGCUUCAGGGUCUGUUUAAAAAACUUUGGGUUAUUUUAGGGUGUAAAGGGAGGGAAGCUGACACUGGUGCCAGAGACAGACACUAUUUCAGGAAAAAUAGUCUGUAGAAGAAGACAAAAUACAUUUACUUAAUUUGUU